AGUGCGCAUGCCUGUGUUGACGGACUCCGGAAGUCGCGUUUGAGCAGGCUGAAAUAGUUGCCAGGAUUUUCAGUUUUUUGUGGCCACACUGGAUUUGCAUCAGAUUUACAGGCUUGUUUCACUUCUCACAUCGUGCGGCCUUUGUUCUGAAUGAAACAGAGAAAGAUCCUCACAGGGUUCCUGCCUUUGCUCCAAUAACUGCUGCUGCUUUCAUCUCCUAGUCUUAAUGUUUUCAGGGUUUUGGUAAAUCUGUAAAGGGAUUUUCUACAAAGUAAUGUCUUCGGCCUCAGUAGCACCUUAUAUAUACACAUCCCUAAAUCUACUUAAGAAAGGCACUUUUGUCAAUGUCUGUGGUGUUGUGAAGUUCUUUAAGCCUCCGUACUUAAGCAAAGGAACAGAUUAUUGUUCUGUUGUAACAAUUGUGGACCAGACAAAUGUGACGUUAACGUGCAUGCUCUUUAGUAGAAACUACAAUGCCCUUCCCAGCAUUUAUAAAGUUGGAGACAUUAUUUGCAUCCGUGGGCUGAAGAUCCAAGCAUAUAAAAACGAGCUUCAGGGAAUCAGCAAGUUUGGUUUUACAUCUUUGACAUUUGAUGGCACCUUAGGGGCUCCUGUCAUACCUCGUACUUUAAGCAAGAGCUUUACCUUCACUGCUCAGGACCACAAUAUGAUAGAAGCCUUGCGGACUUGGGCAUCCACACACAUUUCAACUUCUUCCAACUUACAGCAGCUUUGUGAUACUCAACCCAUGCAGUAUUAUGACCUGACUUGUCAGCUCCUGGGAAAAGCAGAAGUGGAUGGAGUGUCAUUUCUCCUAAAGGUAUGGGAUGGCACCAGGAUGAAGAUUCCCUCUUGGAGAGUGUGCAUACAAGACAUUGCUUUUGAAGGUGACUUAAGUCACAUUCUGCGGCUACAGAAUCUGGUGGUAGACAUUGUCGUUUAUGAUAAUCAUGUCCAAGUGGCAAAAUCCCUAAAGAUCGGAAGCUUCCUUAGAAUCUACAAUCUUUAUACCAAACUUCAGCCAAUUAAUUCAGAGUCCACAACUUCUUUGGUAAGACUCCAGUUUCAUCUUCAUGGAGGAACUAGCUAUGGUCGUGGGAUCAGAGUCUUACCAGAAAGUGACUCUGAUGUGGAUCAGCUGAAAAAAGCUUUAGAAUCUGUAGAUUUGGAAGCUGUUCAGACCUCAGAUGAUACAGACAAUGUGGCGAAUUGUUUAACAUCUUCAAGCUCUGAAUCGGACUUAGUUUCCCUGUGUGAGGUGGAAAGAUGUCAACAACUCUGUGCUACAACACUUACAAAUUACCAUUAUUUAGAGAAGACAUCAUUGUGUGCCAUUUUGAAGCAAAGAGCUCCUCGAAUAUAUCGAAUCAGAGCAAAGCUAAGAUCAUACAAGCCCAGAACACUGUUACAGUCUGUUAAACUUCUUUGUCCUAAAUGCCAUUUAUUGCAAGAAAUUCCAUAUGAAGAAAAUGUGGAUAAAAUUUUGCAAGAUGCUACAGUCACACCUCCAGACUGCAAGCUGCAAGAUACACCAUUAUAUGACUCAAAAGUCUGGAGCACAGAAGGCCAAGGAGGACGGCAGGUUGCUGUGCAUUUUGUAAAAAAUGAUGGCAUCCUUCCUCACUCAAGUGAAUGUCUAGUUUUGAUAGAAGGAGGACGGAUCUGUGAAAUCUCUAAAUUGUCAAGCAUGUUUCACAGUGUGAUCCCUGUGAGGUCUGGCCCUGAGGACCUGGAGCUCCUAAAUCUUGCAGCACCAUUCCUCAUACGAGGAAGAGUGUGUCACUAUGGAUGUAAACAGUGCUCAAACUUGAAGCCCAUAAAAAACCUAAGUACCAUUCCUAAUAAAAGACUAUGGAUUCCUUCCUCUGUGGCAGAAGUUCUGGGCAUUGUACCUCUACAGUAUGUGUUUGUUAUGACUUUCACUUUUGAUGAUGGAACUGGAGUAUUAAAUGUCUACCUCAAGGAUUCUGAGAAGUUUUUCCAGAUCCCAGCAUCAGAAGUCCUCACUGAUGAUGACCUUCAGAGAAAUCUGGAAAGGAUUAUGAAUGUCAUUUGUCCUCCAGGAAUAAAAAUAGAUGCAUACCCAUGGAUGGAGUGCCUCAUCAAGUCCUACAAUGUCACAAGCGGAAUGGAGCAUCAAAUAUGUUACCAGAUAUUUGACACCAUGGUUGCAGAAGACAUCAUCUAGUGCUACUGCUCCAUGCAAUGGUGGCAUGGGGGGGGAUAGUCUUACAAAAAGUUAUGACUGUAACUCUAAAAAGGUACUUCUCUGUUAUUGGAGUAUCCAUUCUCAUUAUCACUAUAGCUCUAAAUUCUCUUAUACAGAAAGACAUUGUAUUGUUAUUUAUACCUUCUUGUGAAUAUGUUGUUGAAAUGUCGUUUUUCUCAAUAUGCCCAGGGUAACAACUAGAUUACAAAAUAAGGCCUCAUUUUGUGUAGAGAAACCCAAGUUUUCAUUUCUCCUUCAGGGAAUCUCUAUUGUUACCAGACAUUGUAGGUCUGUUUUCUACACAAGACACUUGUUUCUGUGCUGUUCUCUCACCAUUCUUAGUUGGGUUUAUAUUCCUGUCCUGAGUUUUAUAUAAGUAGUUGAUGAUAAUGUGAGUGUAGAUAAGAAUACGUUCUAUUCUUGAGUCUCUUAGCUCAGUGGUGGGUACUUUUCUUACAUCUUCUCCCAUUUUACUUCAAUUUUAUACAGAGGAAUUGCUUAGCCAGUUUCACAUGAGUAUCCUGUUACCUUAGUUGCCCUUGAACAAAUUUUUGUCUGAGUGAGUCAACAAUGUACUAAAAGUAGUAUUUAAUGAGGCAUGGCAGAAUUGUUUUGUUUGAUGCUUAUGUUGCCCAGUUUUGGAUGAUUCUAUCACUUUGAACUAGAUGCUGUAUUUUCUUUCUGCUUCUCUCUGUACUAGAUAGUAUUCCAUCCCAUAUCAGCUAAUGGAGGUUUAUGAUGAUGGAGAAUAAAAUGUUUAAAAUAGUGA